AUGGUCUUCGGCUUCGGUAGCAACGAUCCCGCCAAGAUCGCCUGGCAGAACCUCGAGCAGGCUACCGCCCGAGGGAUUAGCUCAAUCGACAAGCGUGAAGCGGCGGCCAAAAUCUUCCACCAGGAGAAGGGCCAUGUUCACGGCGCCCUCAUGUUGGCCCUGUACUACCGCGCGACCAUUCUUUCCCGCGACUACGAAGCUGAGGAGGCUUACAAGGCGUGGCAGGAGAUGCUCGGUCGCUGCGAGAAGUACGGCCGCGCAAAGGUCGACCCUUUCGGUCUCGAGGUCAAGGGCAAGGAGAACUGGUACAUCUUCCAGCGUAACCAGGCCGCAGAAUGUCGCGAGUCAUCCAACGCCGCCGACCAGGAGUAUGUCAAGGCGUUUGUCGAGGACUGGAACAACAAGCAUGGAGCUCCUCAGUGA